AUGGGCAACGGAGUGAGCAAUGAGGAGUUCGAGCGGCAGGGCAAGCUGCUGGGCGUCAAGUCGGUGCCCGGGAAGCCCAGCCAGAAGUUCAAGCCGCUCUCCAUCAAACGGAUGAAGGAGAUCCAGAAGCAGAUCAUCUUCGAGUACCCCUACCUCACCAACGUCUUCGAGAGCAUCCUCGUGACCGACAACGAGCUGCCCGACUGCCCCAUCGUGUGGGCCAAUGACCAGUUCGAGCGGAUGACGCUCUACCCCAAGGAGGACAUCAUCGGUCGCAACUGCCGCUUCCUGCAGGGGAACUACACGGACCCGGCCACGGUGGGCAAGAUCCGAGCGGCAGUGAAGGGCGGCGAGAGCCUCGACGUGGAGAUCCUCAACUACCGGCGCGAUGGCACGGCCUUCUGGAACCGCUUCAGGAUCCUGCCGGUGCACAAGAAGGGCAAGAAGGAAGGACCCGUCUCACACUUCAUCGCCAUCCAGAAGGAUGUCACCCUCCUCAAGGACUUUGCCUCCCGAGAGACCAGCACCUGGUCGCCCCCCGAGGUGGCCAUGUGGUUGCAGGCCAACGUGCUCGGCCAGUUCGGGCGGGCGUUCGUGGUGCAGGGCAUCACGGGGGCGCGGCUGCUGGAGAUGGAGCGGGAGGACCUAUUCGCCAAGGUGGGCAUGGAGAUGACCAAGAAGGAGAAGGCCCAGAUCUGGCAGCUGGUCAGCGAGCUGCAGCAGAACGGCCAGGAGGUGGUCCAGCACACCGCCAAGAAGAUGAAGGAGAAGGCCGGCCAUCCCGACUACCACGCCCCCACGCACGAUGACGUGAGCGACGAGGUGCCGGAUUUCUGGAACAUGGAGCAGACGCAGGGGGACUACAUGAUGCCGGUCAAAUGCUAUGUGGAGGGCUACGAGCCGGUCAUCUUCCUCAUCAAGCGGCUCAUCACCUACAAGGAGCUCAACAAGAAGAUCGAGCGCACGUUCGGUCGUCCGAUGGACAUUUCGUUCGUGGAGGACGACGAGGAGAACCAGGUCAAGGAGGACGACGAUGUGGAGGCGGCCAUCCUGCUGGCCGAGGGCGGCACCGUGUGCCUCAAGGUGGCGAGGCCGCGCAAGAAGAAGAGCGUCGUGUCCAAGGCCAAGGCCAAGAUGCUCGACGCGCUGCCCGUGGCGGUGCUGCUGACGGAUGCCUUCGGCGAGGUCAUGUUCGCCAACCAGAGCGCGCUGCUCAUGGUGGGCGAGUCGAGCCGGGCGGCCCUGGUGAAGAGGAUGACCAACAUCAAGGACCUGGUCACGGGCGAGGACAUUGCCAAGAUCGAGAACAUCCACCUGAGCUCGCGGGAGGGCGAGGGCUACAGCGUGGAGCUCGCGCGCGGCCAGAAGAAGGUCACCCUCUUCGCCACCAAGGACGACAAGGGACGCCUCGUCUUCACCCUCCUCAAGAAGCGCUACGAACUCUUCAAGGACCGCAAGCAGGAGUAG